CGUUUGUCUAUAUUUUAAAAGCGACGAUUUCCUCGUACAAAACCCUAAACCUUUCGUCCUUCAAUUGCCGCUGGCGCUCAACCUUCAAGUUUGAAGCCCCCACCGCCAUCGGCGUUCUUCCCCACUGUCCCCGUCGCGCACCACUUCCAAACCAUCGCCGUGUAUAUAUGCUCAAAACCCAAACUGCAAAUACAGCAAACGUAAACUCUAAUCUUCUAGCAUUUAGGCCUCGCCAAGUGGUGCUUCGUAAGCCUCCUUCAAGCAUGAAGCAAGACGACAAUAAGCGGAAGACGCUUCUCAUUCACUCCAUAGCUCAGUAUCUUGCACAGAGUGGCUUCCCCAAAACUCUUAAGAAGUUCCGAUCAGAAACCAAACUCCAGGAAGAUGAGUUGAAGGAUUCCUCAUUUGACUUGGAGGAGAUAUUCUUCAAGUUUUUGGACAAUUGCAGCAUCGGCGAUGGGGAGAAAAAGAGGAUUGAUAAGAGUGCUGGUGAUAAACAUACCAAUUCUAAGAAUGCUGAAGAGACGAUGACACCUGAUACAUUGCCUGUAAAAUCUAAGGAGAAAAAGAGAAAUAAAAAAAUAUCUUGCUCUCUUGGUGAAGAAGAACAAGUCAGCACAAAAAAUUUGAAGGAGUCCACUGAUGAUAAUGUGCAUGAAUCUUCUGUAAAAAAAUGCAAGGACAAAAAGAAGAAAUGCACCUCUGAUUCAGCAUCUCUUAUUGAUAAUAGUCCAUUAGAAUCAUUGCCUUGGGUGGUUGAAGAAAAAUCUAAGGAUCUAGUGUUUCCAGAUGGUAAGAAACUACCUCAGUCUGAGACAGAAAAUAAAUCAAAGGAUAAGAAGAGAAAGAGAAACAAACUGUCUUCUGAUCCUGUAAUUGAUGAAGGAAAACCAAAUAAAAUUGAUUCUGAAAAAAGUGAUUUUCAGACUCCAAAGGAGGAUGCGACUUCCAAAGAGAAAAAAGUUUCCAAGAAGAGAAAAAGAGUGGCUUCUGAAGAAGAUGCUGUUCAAUUUACUGGUGAAAAACUAGUUGAAGAAUCCAAAAAUAGAGAGGCAGAAGAAUCCAAACGUAGAAAGAAAGAAGGUUUUGAAGAACCCAAGAUAAAAGAACAAUCUGUGGAGUUACAUUCAGUCACAACAACAGAAGAAAAAGUUCAGAAAGAAGAAAGCAGACAAGCUGGUUUGGGUGAUUCUAAACAGAUUAAUGGGCAGUCAAAUGGGAGCCUUGAAGAAAACGGAGAGGAAUUUUCCAGUCAGAAGACCAUGAAAAAGCAACAGAAUGGUUCUGCUGAGCCGAAGACAGUCAAGCAUUUUCAAAGAAUAAAAGUUGAUGAGGUGGUUUUGUCUGCUGAGAAGCUCAAGGAUAAUUCUUAUUGGGCAAAGGAUGGAGCUGAGGAUGGUUAUGGUGCAAAAGCACAGGAAAUUCUUGGGCCAGUUAGAGGAAGGGAUUUUAGGCAUGAAAAAACAAAGAAGAAGCGUGGGACAUACAGAGGAGGGCAGAUUGAUUUGCAAUCCCAUUCGGUCAAGUUCAAUUAUUCUGAUGAUGAAUGAUUGGAUACCUUUCCUCUUCAGAUUUUGGGUGUCACUUUCCUGGAUCAAUAUAGUAAUUUAAUUUUGCAUUAUUGUUGCCAAUUGAUUUGUACUCUUUUGAUUAUUGUGACAAUUUUUCCCAUUAUCGAGCAAACUCUUGAGUAAACUUGAAGAAUUCAAAUUCAUUGGAGUUUCCUUCCUCA